AUGGCGAAAACUAGUUUCCUCCUUCCUCUUAUGUUUCUGCUGCUAUUUGCAAACUAUGGGGCUAUUUUUUCUGUGAAUUCAUCAAACGCCACCACCGAUCAAUCGGCCCUUCUAGAACUAAAAUCUCAUAUAAGUCAUGAUCCAUACAAUCUCUUAGCAACCAACUGGUCUACUUCUAUCUCUGUUUGCGAUUGGAUUGGUAUCACCGGUGGAUCCAGACACCACAGAGUCACUGCUUUGAAUUUGUCAAGUAUGGAUUUCAGAGGCACCAUCCCAUCUCAAUUGGGCAGUUUGUCUUUCCUUGCCUCCCUCGACUUUCGUCACAAUAGUUUCCAUGGCUCUUUACCAACUGAAUUAGCAAAUUUGCAUCAGCUGAAAUAUUUGAACUUUGGUCCAAUUCCUCCUGUUUUUCAAACAUUGACUUCUCUCAUAUACCUUUUUCUUUUCCAAAACAAAUUGACAGGGCGAGUCCCAAGUCCACCACCGUCAUUGCAGUUGUAUGAUGUUUCAGAGAACAACUUAGCAGGAGAAUUCCCUGCCUCACUAUGCAAUUUGAGUGCCCUUUCAGUUCUCAAUUUAAACAAUAAUAGUUUGGGUGGAACAAUCCCAAAGUGCAUUGGGAACUUCAGUUCUUCUCUUUUAGAAAUUGAUCUACGGAACAAUAACUUUCAUGUUUCCUUCACUUGUUUACGUGUCAUUGAUCUUUCUCACAAUAACUUCAGUGGCUACUUACCUACCAAAAUUUUUGAAAAUUUGCAUACCAUUAAAGAAGGGUUGAAAAUGGAUUACAUGAUAGAUAGAAUGACGGAUGGAACGAUGUAUUAUGUGGAUGGUUUAUCUUUUGGUACAAAAGGGUUGGAAAUGGAGUUUCAUUCACUAUUAACCAUUUGGAUGGUAAUUGGUUUUUCGAACAAUCAAUUCUUUGGAGAAAUUCCUGAAACAAUUGGUGAGCUUCAUUCACUUAUUGUCCUAAACCUGUCUCAUAACUGUUUAACAGGUCCUAUCCCAUGUUCAUUAGGUGAAUUGUCAGAACUUGAAUCAUUAGAUCUCUCAUCAAACAACCUCCAUGGAAGAAUUCCAACAGAGUUGAAAAAUCUUGGAUUCUUGGCCGUGUUAAACCUUUCUCAAAAUAAUCUCACUGGACACAUUCCUCAAGGCAAGCAAUUUUGA